AUGGCGUCUUCAAUUUCAAUUCGACAGUUUUUUGUUUGGGUUAGCAAGACUAUAGCUUACUAUGCUUAUCCCGUUUGGUUUGGGAUCUUUUCUUCUUUUGGAAUCGGACCAUCCGACUCGAAUGGUUCAUUCACAAUUAUGGGGGUUGCCGACCCACAAAUUGAAGGUAACCAUAAGGUCGAGGCCAAUGGAUUUUUUAAAGGUACAGUUGAUCUUUUAGGGAAUGAUCUAUAUUUGCGACACUUGGUUCAAACGAACAAGUUUUGGGGAAAGCCCGACGCUAUGGUUCUUUUGGGUGAUCUUGUGAGUUUCCAGCAUUUAGACGUUACGGAGUUUCAAAAUCGUAUUGAAAGAUUAAAACGUAUUACAGGGGCCGCAACAUUCAAUAUCAACGAAGCAGCUGUAUCCUCUCCUCAAGUCAAUGAAAUUCCCGUGUGGACAGUACCAGGGAAUCAUGAUGUCGGUUAUGGGUAUGAGCUAUCUGAAGCGCAGACCCAAAAGUGGAAUUCUUCUUUCGGGCCAUUGAAUUGGGUUACGAAAGUCUCUGUUGCUGGUUCCCCAGUACGCAUUCUUGGUAUUAAUAGUUUAGCUCUGGAUAACGUUCAAUUUUAUCCUGAGAUGGCCUCAAAGUUUCGAUCUUGCAAUAGUCUUUCAUGCUCUGGGAUCCUUCCUCUCUCAAGGGAAGCCGUUGAUGUAUGGACGUUUCUCUAUGAGCAAGCCCUACAGCCGCAGAUCCCCACUAUCCUUUUAACUCAUAUUCCAUUUUAUAAACCAGCAGGUGCUUGUGUCGAUAGCCCUUUUAUUUCUCGUUCAGACAACAAUCGAGUCCGUUUGCAGAAUCAUAUCUCUUUUGAGGCAACGCAACAUAUCUUUCAUUUAUUCCCUAGUAUCGCCUUGAUCCUUUCAGGGCACGAUCAUAUGGGUUGCGACUAUAAUCACCCUAACGGGGUAAUUGAACAUACUUUGCCGAGUGUCAUGGGGUUUUUUGGAGGGAAUAUCGGUUUUGUGGAGUUGACUUUAAGGGGUAUCCCUUCUUUUCGCAGAAAUCUGCACGCAAAAUUCUGUAACCUCCUUUCGAUUCUCCCCUUCUCGGUAAAAGAUUUUGUGUACAGUGAAACAAAAGCAUUCGGGCCUUUUUUGGAUAUGACUUUUACUCGCACCUUUGCAGGCCCUUCCUACAUUUGGUGGGCUCUUCAUAUUUCUACCUGUGUUCUUACGGUUUUACGUCUUCUACUAAUAUCCUUAAUUUAA